AUGGCGUCGCGUUGGUUCACGCUCCUCCUCCUCCUGACGCCUUCAUUGGCUCUCGACAACAAUUUCGACUUCUACCCCAAAGGCGCGCAGAAAUGUCUUAACCAAGCCGCCGACGACGCCUCGUGCACUGGCGCUGACAGCAAAGAGCUGAACUACUGCCUCUGCGGUCUUGGCAACUACAACAAUGACUUCAUCCUCGGUUCCGCUGCCUGUAUCGGCAAGCAGUCGCCCGGCGAUGUGGAUGAGACGUACGACACCAUGAAUGAGGCGUGUUCUAAUUCGCAGACGCCGAUGAAGGUUACGAAGAAGGAGUAUCAGGAGGCGGCGGAGAAGGGAGCGAGUGCGACUACUGAUGCGGCUACCUCUUCGACUGCAUCUGCGACGGCGACCGACUCUGCGAGUACCACGAAAGAUACAGCUGCUGCCACGACGAGCGCUGAGAGCAACGAUGAUACGGGAUUGUCAACGGGCGCCACAGCGGGAGUAGCCGUUGGCGCAGCAGUGGGUGGUGCAGCGGUAGUAGGCUUAUUCGUGUGGUUCUGGAUGCAGCGCCGCAAGAAGAACGCCGAAGAAUCGCACCCUAUGCUACCCAACUACGAAAACCGCGACAGUUCACCGUACCAACCUACCGAGCCGAAACCAGCGUGGUCAGCAGCUGGUUCACCGCAUCAAGCAAUGGGAACGCCUGAUCCGAAUGCUGGAUUCUACAAGCCUGCUGGACCGGCGGAACUGCCGCCUGAUAACGUUGUUGCUGCGCCGUCGCCGGUUUAUGAGAUGGAUGGGACAGGGACGGCGGUUGAGAUGGAUGGGUCUACGCCUGUUGACCCACGGGGGGAUAGAUCGCGUCUGAGUUCGUCACAUUCGUCAAUAUCAUCGGGCUGGAGAGAUUAA